AUGUCUUCAUUCCUUGAAAAGCAACAGGCAGCCUUCCUGAAAGGUAUCAAGAAUACUUCAACGAAGAUUACGAGCAAGCGCCCCGCUGCAGCAUCAGUUUCUGUACCGUCACCAGCUCCAUCAAACACCUCAAAUGCAUCCAAGAACGAGAACAAAGAUACUACUAAGCGCAAGAGAGAGCCGAUGAAUGUCGUUUAUUCUCAACCUGCUGCUACGGGUUAUGGAACAGAAGCAUUUACGCAAGUCACCUACGUCAUCGAGUUCUUGAAAAAGAAAGACGAGCCAAAAAGUUUCCAGGAAAUUCUGGGAUAUUUGAGUCAGGCCCAUAUUGAGCAGAGCAAGAAACAACUCAUUGCACAAAUUCUCAGAAGACACGAUCGAGUUCAAUGGAUCCCAGAUCCUAAGCUAAAGACACAAAUUUGGGAUUCUGGUACCUUCAAACAUCGCCCCAUCAUCGGUGUUCGCAACAAGGGAGCCUUGUUAUCAUAUCUUCAAAAUAAACCUGACGCCCAAGGAAUAAGUGUUAAGGAUCUGAAAGAUGGCUGGCCAGAUUGCGAAGAUGCGAUCAACGAGUUGGAAGGGGAAAAUAAGAUUUUGGUUACAAGGACAAAGAAGGACAAUCAUGCACGAAUGGUCUGGAUCAACGACCCUACCUUGAUACACCCCGUCGAAUCCGACUUUCAGGUCAUGUGGCAUAAGACGGAGCUUCCCAGUGUCGACGACCUCGUUCGCAAGCUUCUUGAGGCUGGUCAAAAGCCUGCUAGUGAAGAUCCAAGCAAGCGUGUCAAAGCAGCUCCAAAGCCGAAAGACAAGAAGAGAAAGGCUCCAAGAAAGGGCGGUCGAACCACAAACACUCACAUGGCACACUUGUUGAACGACUACUCUUUCAUGAAGCGCUAG